AUGCUUCUGCUGCCCAUCUUAGUAUUUGGGGUGACUUUUGCUCUGAGAGAAGCCAGAGCUCAGUCGGUGACCCAGCCUGAUGUCCAAGUCUCUGUCACUGAAGGAUUGCCAUUGGAGCUGAAGUGCAACUAUUCCUAUAGUGCAGCAUCUUCUCGCUUCUGGUAUGUCAAGUACCCCAACCAAGGUCUUCAGCUUCUCCUCAAGGACUAUUCAGGGCAAACCCGGGUUAAAGGCAGCAAAGAUUUUGAGGCUGAAUUUAAAAAAAGUGAAUCUUCCUUCAACCUGAAGAAACAGUCUGCCCAUUGGGAUGACUCAGCUGAGUACUUCUGUGCUGUGAGUGACACAGUGCUUGUGACUGCAGGGGGAGCUGAACACAAACUUCCUGAGACAGCAGGGAGGCUUCAUCCACAAAGGGACCUUGUCUUAAUCCAGAAAAUAACUACAUCUUCAAGAAUUUGUAUUCUGACACAGUCAGGGCAAAGAGAAGCCAGAGCUCAGUCGGUGACCCAGCCUGAUAUCCGAGUCUCUAUCACUGAAGGAUUGCCACUGGAGUUGAAGUGCAACUAUUCCUAUAGUGGAACUCCUGAUCUCUACUGGUAUGUCAAGCACCCCAACGAAGGUCUUCAGCUUCUCCUCAAGUACUAUUCAGGGAACACCCUGGUUAAAGGCAGCAAAGGUUUUGAGGCUGAAUUUAAAAAAAGUGAAUCUUCCUUCAACCUGAGGAAAGGCUCUGCUCAUUGGGAUGACUCAGCUGAGUACUUCUGUGCUUUCUGCAGCCACUUUCGUGCCUGCUCAAGGAAGAUCUUCCAGAAAAGAGUUUGUCUCCACUGCUUAGCUAUGUUUCUGCUGCCCAUCUUAGUAUAUGGGGUGACUAUUGCUCUGAGAGAAGCCAGAGGGCAGUCAGUGACCCAGCCUGAUGUCCAAAUCUCUGUCACUGAAGGAUUGCCACUGGAAUUGAAGUGCAACUGUUCCUAUAGUACAACUCCUUAUCUCUUCUGGUAUGUCAAAUACCCUAAUGAAGGUCUUCAGCUUCUCCUCAAGUACUAUUCAGGGAACACCCUGGUUAAAGGCAACAAAGAUUUUGAGGCUGAAUUUAAAAAAAGUGAAUCAUCCUUCAACCUGAGGAAACGCUCUGCCCAUCUGGACGACUCAGCUGAGUACUUCUGUGCUCUGCCCCAUUUAGAAGAGAGGAGAUUCCUUGGGAUGCUGAAUGACUUAGAACAUGUGGGCUUUAUUUAUAAUGAGCCGCAUGGCAGUGAAUCCAGUGAACUCCAUUUUUACAUCAAUUGCUUCCCUAACCUGGAUAUUGCCUUUGACCUGUUUAAGAUUUAUUAG